CUUUUUCUCGACUUCGACUUGCACUUUUCCUUUGCUUGGAAGAAAUGAACUCUUUCCCUUAAUGUCAAUAAAUUUGGCAUACGUGUGGCGCUCCGCCUGUCUGCGGGUCGUUUCACCCUGCAACCAUCGCGUUUUCAGCACCCGUGCUCCUUGGAACGCAACCAAAAGCCCCGAGGUGCAUAUUCGCAUGGAGGAUUUUGCUUGUGACGCCAUACGCAAUUUCUCCAUAAUAGCGCACAUCGAUCAUGGAAAGUCAACGCUUGCCGAUAGGCUUUUAGAGCUUACCGGAACGAUUCAGAAGAAGCGGACAGGGAAGAAUGAGCAGGUUUUGGAUAAGCUUAAGGUGGAGAGAGAGCGAGGAAUCACUGUGAAGGCCCAAACGGCCAGCAUGUUUCAUAAACACGAAGGAAAGAUGCAUCUGUUAAACCUUAUCGACACUCCAGGACACGUAGAUUUCGCGUGGGAAGUCUCUCGGUCGUUAGCUGCGUGCCAGGGAGCUUUGUUGUUGGUUGAUGCCAGUCAAGGGGUCCAAGCACAGUCUAUAUCAGUUUUUCAUAUAGCAAAAGAACGAGGGCUCAAGAUUAUCCCUGUUCUGAACAAGAUCGACCUGCCUGCUGCACAACCAGAGCUCAUGGCUGCACAGAUAGAAACCGCCUUUGGCAUUGAUCCCACAGAUAUUCUUCACAUAUCGGCCAAGACGGGGCAAGGUGUAGAAGAGGUCUUGAGGGCUGUUAUUGAACGAGUACCACCACCAACGGGAGACCAAAAUACGCCGCUGAAAGCCUUUCUUUUUGAUUCUCUGUACGAUCGUUACAGAGGUGUAAUUUCUUUAAUCAGCGUACAAGGAGGAGUUAUACGGAAAGGCGACAAAAUAUCUUCAUGUCACACACGGAAAAGAUACGACGUCACGGAAGUAGGGAUAAUGCACCCGGAAGAAAUCCCCACAAACAGUCUAUACCCCGGACAGGUGGGCUAUAUUGCUUGCAACAUGAAGGAAUCAUCGGAAGCUCAUAUCGGUGAUACAUUACAUCGCCUCGGCGCACCCGUUGAGCCUAUGCCUGGUUUCAAGCCAUCGAAAGCCAUGGUUUAUGCUGGGGUUUUCCCAGUAGAUAGCAGCGACUUCCCGAAGCUCGAAGAAUCCAUCAAGCGGCUUACUCUUACCGACAGAAGCAUAACUAUACAACGUGAAUCUUCCUCCGCACUGGGACAAGGCUGCCGUCUGGGCUUUUUGGGGACCCUGCACAUGGACGUAUUCCGGCAACGUCUGGAGGACGAAUACGACGCGAACAUCAUCAUCACGGCUCCCACAGUACCAUUCAAGAUAAUCCCGACGAAGGGCAGUGACUACUUUAUUAGUAACCCGACGGAGUUCCCAGAUAUUGCUGAAAGCAUGGGCAAGGUCAAGGAGGUUCAGGAGCCUAUUGUCAGUGCGAGUAUAAUCGCUCCGGAAGAAUACUUCGGAGAGAUCACGGACUUGUGCUUCUCUCAUCGGGCUGAUAAAAUAGAUCAUCGGUAUCUAGAUGCUGGUUCGGGUAUUGCGUCGUCAAGGGUUAUCAUUACAUGCGUUAUGCCUCUAAGCGAGAUCGUAACGGACUUUUUCGAUCAGCUGAAAAGCCGGACCUCCGGGUUCGCCAGUUUUGAUUAUGAAGAUGCUGGGUAUCAGAAAAGUGAUUUGGCUAAGAUGGUUUUCUUACUAAACGGCAAGCCUGUUGACGCCCUUGCACUUGUUGUGCAUAAAUCUGCACAGGACAAAAUCGGUCGCGCCUGGGUAAAGAAACUUCAUAAAGUUAUUCCUCGGCAACUCUUCGAAGUCCCCAUUCAAGCAGCGAUCGGUAAAAAAGUCGUCGCCCGGGAGACGCUCUCUGCUAUGAGAGCUGAUGUCACCGCAGGACUAUACGGAGGUCAUUAUGAGCGGAAACUAAAACAUCUAGAGAAUCAAAAGGAAGGGAAGCGAAGGAUGAAGAGAGUCGGAACGGUAGAGCUUCCACAGGAGGCCUUCUUUGAUAUUCUCAAGAAAUAGUUGGAUCGUGUACAACACUAGCACUACUCUAAUUAUACUGAUAUAGGAUGACUGGCUGCUGUAAUGUAUCGUCAGAUCUAUAGCACUGUAUCUUCGUCGUCGUAGGUUUCUUUC